AUGCAGCUCACAGAGGAUCAGGCCGCAGAGGUCAAGACAUGGGUGGUAAAAAAGCUGGAAGACAUAUCGGACGCAGAUUCCGACGUGCUCGCGGAUUAUGUUCUAGCUCUUAUCAGGUCUGACGCUCCUGAUGAAGAGAUCCGCAAGGCUUCCGUCGAGAAUUUGGAGGAUUUUUUGCGAGAGCAUACCACUGGAUUUGUCGAAGAUCUCUUUGCUACGUUCGCGCCCAAGCAGACGCCCGCCGCACCGUCCCAGGCACAACUUCCCCAGGCUCCCACCCAGCCACCCACACAACACAUCCCGCCAUCGGGGCCUUUGAACGGCUCGUACGGACCGCAACCACAUGGUGAUAACUUUAGUCGCAAGCGCACCUUCGACGAUGGUUUCGGUGAGAACCAAGCACAUGAGGGCUCUCACCACCACCGGAACUUCAAGAACCCUCGUCGUGGGCGAGGUGGACAUUGGAUGGGGAGAGAUGGCCACCCUCCGUCUGGUCCGGGGCAAUUCCCUCAGCCCGGCGGGGGAUUUCCGGUUAUGCCUCCUUCGUUUCCAGGGUUUGACCAGAACGAUCCUAUGGCAGCCAUGAUGGCAUUGCAGAGCAUGGGCUUUCCGCAGAUGCCAGGUAUGCCUCCUAUGCCUAUGCCGCCGGGAGGUGGAGCUCCUGGGCAGCAGCCGGAUCAGAUGGGACCGAAGAGCACAGAAAAGUGCCCUUUCUACGAAACUCAAGGGAUCUGCUACUUGGGUGGUGCUUGUCCCUAUCAGCAUGAUACGGUGCCGGGUGCUUCAAAGGAUGAUGAAUAUGACCCGAAAUCGUCAGGCAUCGUUCCUGACUUUAGACGUCGCCACGACGGCCCAAUGCGGGGCAGCGACAGAGGCCGCGGUCGUGGGCGUGGCGGGGAUAGAGGUGGCUUCAACAAUCGCAGCCGUCGAUCGGAUUUCUCUGCUGCCGGACCUAACGAUGAUCCGACCGUCAAGACGAUUGUUGUGGAGCAAAUCCCAGACGACAAGCUCGAUGAAUUCUCGGUGAGAGAGUUCUUCUCUCAGUACGGCGAGAUCGCAGAUCUUUCGCUCCAGCCAUACAAGAAACUAGCCCUAAUCACCUACGCCGACCAUGCCACUGCCAAGGCAGCGUGGUCCAGCCCGAAGGUGAUUUUCGACAACCGGUUCGUCAAAGUAUACUGGCAUAAACCGAAGGAGCGACCAGGCGCCAAUGGGUUGGAUUCCCAACCAUUUGAUGCAGAGGAAUUCCAGAAACAGCAGGAAGAAGCGCAAAAGGCCUACGAAGAGAAAGCCAGACAGCGCCAAGAAACAGAAAAAGCCAAGCAGGACUUAGAGAAACAGCGCGAGGAACUGCUCAAGAAGCAGGAAGAGGAGAAAAAGCGACUUCUGCUGAAAAUCGGCGGCGCCGCUUCAUCGGGCAGCGCAACACCAACCGGCGAGGCAUCGAAGUCCCCCUCUGACGAAAACGCCAGCGAACAAACCAAACAGCUCCGUGCCCAACUCGCAGCCCUUGAAGCUGAAGCGAAGAGCCUAGGUCUAGACCCCAACCACUCUUCCGACCCUAGCACAUCCUACCGCGGUCGCGGGAGAGGCUACGGCCGCGGCGGCUACCCACCACGUGGCCGCGGCUACGACCCGUCAUAUCGCGGCUCUUAUCGCGGGCGAGGCGGGUUCCCUGCACGCGGUCGCGGCGGUGUCCUGCGCCUCGACAAUCGGCCCAAGCGGGUUGCCGUCUCGGGCAUCAAGCCACACUCUGAGCAGGAUGAGGCGUUCCGGCAGCACCUUAUUGGCGUCGGCGACUACGAAUCCGUAACACCCAACCCCAACGAAGAAAACUCCCUCAUCGUCUCCUUCAAAGAGCGCUACCAAGCCGAGAAAUUCAUGUUUAGCUCCCGCAAUAUCCCCUCCGUCGGCGAGGUCCAGCUCUCGUGGGUGCCGAACCCGCCGAUCUCUAUCCCGCCGCCAUCAACAACAGGCCAACAAUCCGUCAGCACAUCAGGGCUAGAUGGCAAAACCGGCUCUGACGAAGACACAAUCAUGGAUUCGGUCUCGGACCAGGAUCAGGUGCGUGGUGGGAACCAGGCGAAUGGGGCGGUGGCUGGCGCUGCGGAGGUCGAUUAUGAUGUUGCGGAGGAUGAUGAUACCUGGGGCGCUUAG